AUGACAGCCACCAACACCACCGCCGCCUCUUCCCAGCGCCUCCACGGCAUCAUGGUGGCCCUGAUCACCCCCUUCACCGACGACGGCAAGUGCAUCUCCGCUCCGCGACUCAAAUCCCACAUCGACCACCUCAUCUCCUCGGGCGUCCACGGCCUCGUCCCCGGCGGCAGCACCGGCGAAUUCACCACGCUCUCGCGCUCCGAACGCAAGCAACUCACCGAGCUGUGCGUCGAGUACGCCGCAGGCCGGGUCCCGGUGGUGGCAGGCACAGGCUCCACCUCGACGGAGGAGGCGAUCGACCUGGCGGUGCACGCCGCCCAAGCCGGCGCCGCAGCCGUGAUGGUCGUCCCGCCCUUCUACGACCCUCUCAGCUAUGCCCAGCUCACGGAGCUCAUGUCUGAGAUCCACACGGCCAGUGGCCUGCACAUCGUGUACUACAACAUCCCCUCCGCCAGUGGCUUGACGCUCACGCCCCAGCAACUCGCGGAUUUGAGCCAGCAUGGCGUCAAGUACCUCAAGGAUACCUCGGGCAAUGCCCCAGCCUAUACGGAACUGGUGUUUGGAUUGAAUGACAAAAUCACCGCCUUCAACGGAUGGGACACCCUCACGUUCUACGGGCUGGCCGCGGGGUCCGAGGGCGCUGUCUGGGGCGCGUCGAAUAUCAUCCCUGAGCUGAGUGUGGAGCUGUGGAACGCCGUUGUGGUUGAGAAGGACCUGGACAAGGGACGGGCGCUAUGGCGCAAGGCGUGGCCGAUCUGCAAGUUCCUGGAGUCGCAUAACUACGCAGCGGCGGUCAAGACGGGAGUUGAGUUGAGGGGACAGAAGACGGGGGGGUUGAGGAAGCCGUUUGCGCUGUUGGAGGGGGAGCUGAGGGAGGAGCUGGCGCGGUUGAUCGAGGCCGCUGGGGUCAAGGUUGUGCGGUAG